CGCAAAUAGCUUCGUCAGCACCAUCCCUGUAAUUCGUACUCGUAGCGUGGUGGGGCACGCUGAGGCUCUACGCAACAUCAGACCUCCGCACGCCGCGUCGAGCGUCGUUUGUUCUCCCCCCAACCUGCCUUGCUCUCCUCUUUGCUGAGUGCGAGCUGUUUGUGUGAUAUCCCAUCGCUGCAUAUCCCACCACCACCACCGUCAACAUGUCUGACCCCAUCGCCAACGCCGCGCAGUCGCACCCCGCGCCUGAGGGCCUGGUCUACACGUACGGAACUGCUGGAUUCCGCACUAAAGCCGAUGUCCUCGACUCGGUUCUCACACGCGUCGGUCUGAUCGCCGCCCUCCGCUCGCGCGCUCUCAAGGGCAAGUGGAUCGGUGUGAUGAUCACAGCAUCCCACAAUCCGCCCCAGGACAAUGGCGUGAAGCUUGUUGAGCCCAUGGGCAACAUGCUGCAAGAGGAUUGGGAAGUCAUCAGCACCGAGAUGGCGAACAAGGCCACCCCCGAAGACGUCUCGGAAUACUACCACGACAUUGCCGCCAAGUUCAAGAUCGACCUCAGCAUCCCCGCCCGUGUUGUUGUGGCUCGCGAUACGAGAGCAUCUGGAGCCAGGCUUCUCGGUUGCCUGCAGGACGGCCUUGCGGCGGCCGGUGCCGAAGUCAAGGAAUACGGCUUUCUGACCACACCGCAAUUGCACUACAUGGUGCGCUGCCUGAACACCGAGGGCACCAAGGACGCAUAUGGCACGCCUACCGAGCAGGGCUACUACGAGAAGUUUAGUGCUGCUUUCAAGACUGCGUUGCGCGGCAAGAAGCCCUCUGGCUCCCUGACUGUGGACGGUGCCAAUGGCGUUGGAGGACCGAAGUUGACAGAGCUCAUCAAGUACUUGCCAUCGAAGGAGGAAGGCGGUCUUGAGAUUUUCGUCAUCAACGACAACGUCAUCAAGCCCGAGAGUCUGAACGUCGAUUGCGGUGCCGACUACGUCAAGACCAACCAGCGCGCUCCUCCCUCUUCCAAGGCUGGACCCGGAGACCGUUGCGCAUCCCUCGACGGCGAUGCUGAUCGUGUCGUGUACUACUUCAAGGAUGAGCAGAACAUUUUCCGCCUUUUGGAUGGUGACCGUAUCGCGACUCUCGUAGCCUCGUUCCUUGGAGACCUCGUGCGCCAGUCUGGGCUUGCAGAGUCGAUCAAGAUCGGUGUUGUUCAGACUGCGUACGCGAAUGGAGCUGCUACAAACUACGUCGAGCAGAACCUAAAGCUCAAGGUUGACUGUACGCCUACCGGUGUCAAGUACCUUCACCACGCAGCAGAGAAGCUCGAUAUUGGUGUCUACUUCGAAGCCAAUGGCCAUGGUACUGUCAUCUUCUCACACGACACUCUCGACACAAUUGAGAAGUAUGAGCCGAGGAACCCUGGCGAGAAGGAAGCCAAGGAUGUCCUGCAGGCUUGCAUUAAUCUCAUUAACCAGUCGGUUGGUGAUGCACUCUCCGACUUCUUGUUGGUCGAGGUUGUCCUUGCACACAAGCAUUGGGGCCCUCAGGAGUGGCUCUCAACCUACACCGAUCUCCCCAACCGCCUGCUCAAGGUCCUUGUCAACGAUCGCACUAUUUUCAAGACGACAGAUGCUGAGCGCAAGCUCACGAGCCCCGAGGGUGUCCAGGCACAGAUCGACAAGGAGGUGCAGAAGGUCCGACAGGGUCGCUCGUUCGCCCGUGCUAGUGGUACCGAGGAUGCUGUCCGUGUCUACGCCGAAGCCGCGACCAAGGCGGAAGCCGAAGAUCUGGCCAGGAAGGUCUCGGAGAUCGUCAAGGCCGCCGGUGGCGCUUAGAAAGUGGACCGGAUCAGCUAUGACGAAGAG